AUGAACAAGCUCAAGGAAGCAUUCGGAUCCGGUCGUCACUCCACCGACGCGGACAGCAACACGUCCAACUACACCCGUGACACUUCCAACACCACUCCUGAGAUGAGCCCCCGUGGUAACAGGACCAGCGCCACUGGCCCAUCCGCGACCGACAAGGCCUCCGAUGCCCGCGGCGAUGACUCGCACGCCGGUCGAUCGACGUCAGUAGCACAGUCGGACGGUCUGGCUGGACACACACGUGGCCACAACGACAAGGCCAGCCCUACCGACCUCAACGGUGAGGUGCACCAGGAUGUCCAGCACCUGGCCCACGUCACUGAGGAGACUAGGCAGCAGCACCACGUCGACGAGGUUACUCGUGAGAAGGACCUGCAAAGCCACCACCACCACGUUCAGCACCACGUCCAGCGAGUCCGUGACAGCGAACACGCCGCUGAGCAGCACCACAACAGAGUCAUCCCCAGGACACACAUUGAUGAGAAGCACGCCUCUACUGCUAAGGAUGCUGAGCUGCUCAACACCGUUGCCAACGCUCACGGUCACCGUGACCGUGUCGAACAAGCCCCGGAGACCCGUCAGGUCAUCGACAAGGGUGAGACCAUCAAUGAAACUGUCCACCACCACGUGCACAAUGUCAUCCAGCCCGUCAUUAUCAAGGAUUCUCACGAGUACCACCGACACCACACUACCAUCCCCACCACCCACGUUGCUCACCACGCACCCAUUAUUCACGAGUCGAUCACCCACGACACCAUCUCCAAGGACGACUUUAUCAAGUCUGGAGGCAUCCUCGGUGCUAAACUGACUGGUGUCCAUCAGACUGGUCUCCUCAAUGAUGGCAAGUGUGACCGUACCGUCGAUGGUGUCGCAGAGAACAUGGAGAGGGAUCUCCAUCUGUCGCCAGGACAGCCGCAAUGA